AAUUCAGUCCUGUCAGUGAGUAGAGGCACUCAGAAAUAGCAAAGAAGAGAGGGAGCACGGAAACGCAUGGUGAACUAAUGGAUUACUCUCACAGACUCUUGUGAACCACACAACCUGGCAAAUACAGUACAGACAUACAAUAUUCACACUGAUUUCACUUCAGCCUCAUACACUCAACAAGCUCUCUACAAAUUUAGAUCACACAGACUUUGAGACAGACAGUUCUAACACAGGUCUCUCAAUCUACAUUAGAGUAAAUAGACAAACGGAUUCUCUGAUUCUGACACAAACACAGACACAAUGGAAAUGCAUGGGCUUCAGUGUUGAACUGAAGGACCAAAGAUGUAAAUUUCGGUGAGGAUUCUGACACCUUUGUGAAACAUCACUGAAGAGUACCACAAGCAAAAGACACGCAUGAGGAGGUUGACCAUGCACUGACAAAAAGGCAUGGAAACCAUCUCUGGGGAAAUGGGUUGGAAUAGAUUAGGCCACUCCUCUCUGGCAUCCGUGACAACAGGAAGAACCAACCUCACUUCCUCCCUCUUCUCCGACUUCACAUCCCUCAACAGUUCUCAUGAAGGGGCAGGGUCCUAUUACUGGAUUAUCCCCGAGAACGCCUCAGCCACCACGCCCCAUGCCUUACCCCAGCCCAGGGUGAGGGAUCUGGGUCUGGCCCGGGCGGAGAUAGGGGUCCUGGGCUUGGUGCUGGCCCUCACUACCCUAGGGAAUGGCUUCGUACUGUGGGUGCUGCUCCGCAGGAGGAAACACAACGCUCCGAUGCAUCUGUUCAUGGUCAACCUGUGCCUGGCUGACCUGGUGGUGGCGCUGUUCCAGGUUUUUCCCCAGCUGGUGUGGAACAUCACAGAAAGAUUCCAGGGGCCGGAUUUUCUGUGUCGCUCAGUAAAGUAUCUGCAGAUCGUAGGGAUGUUCGCGUCCUCCUAUAUGAUUGUUGCCAUGACAGUGGACCGGCACUAUGCCAUCUGCUGCCCACUGCAGGCCUAUCGUGGUGGGUCCGUGUCCCGCUGGAACACCCCUAUUAUGAUGGCCUGGGGCCUGGCCUUACUUCUCUCUAUACCACAGUUGUUCAUCUUCUCGCGGUCGGAGGUGUCUCCAGGAGAGUUUGAGUGCUGGGCUCACUUUGCUGAGCCUUGGGGACUCAAGGCCUACAUCACCUGGAUGACCCUAGCAGUGUUCUUACUGCCAGCACUAAUCAUCACUGUCUGCCAGAUCCGGAUCUUCAGAGAGAUUCACAACAACAUCUAUCUGAAGUCAGAGAGGAUGGUGUCAGCAGAGCUCAAGAAGAACAACGCUGUCAUCUUCCACUUCCACAGAGUCAAAAAGGACGACGACAGAGCGACCAGGGAGCGGGGGAGAGGGGGAUGCAGAGUGGGGAGAGGAGCAGGAGUAGGAGGGGAGCAGCUUCUAAAGACUAUGAACAACAACCCCUCCAGCACUCUCUGCAACCCUCUCUUACCGCUCUCCCCCCAGUCUACUACAGCUGUUGUACCCUCAGAGUGCUAUCCAUACCUGUCCCCCUCUCCACAGUACAGCAGCUGUCACAACAACCACACAGCAGCAACACAGCAAAGCCCCUUCAACACCCCAGAUAACCUAACCCUCCCCUCCAACCCUGGCCUCAGUGGCCAAAGGGGCUCCAGUACAGCUGUAGUUCCCCCAUCAUGUGACCCGUGCCCACAUGGAUCCCAUGGCCCAGUCACCUCAGGUGGUUGUGGUGGUGGUUCAGUGCCUCCUAAAAAUGGCGGAUGCCACUGUCAUGAGUCCUACACAUCCUUCGAGCUCCCAUCCUCCCCCCGGUGUGUCUCCUCUCCACACCCAUCGCUGGAGUACCCUCCCCCACCCCCCCGGGCCCUGACGCCCCCCUCCAUCUCCAAGGCCAUGUCUAAGACGGUGAGGAUGACUCUGGUGAUAGUGUUGGUCUACACAGUCUGCUGGUCCCCCUUCUUCAUCGUUCAGCUGUGGGCCGCCUGGGACCCCAACCCUCCAGACCAAGGCGUAGCGUUCACCAUCCUGAUGCUGCUGGCCAGUCUGAACUCGUGUACCAACCCCUGGAUCUACACCUUCUUCAGCAGCUCUGUGUCCAGGGAGCUACAGGCCCUGUUACGCUGCAGACCAAGAACCCCGCGCAGGGGCUCCAUACCUGACGACUCCACCACCACACACACCUCCACCACCAAGGACAGCCUCUACUGACACAUUCAGACACUCACACGUACGUACAGUUCGGUCAAUAUUUGUUGACACCUUUGAUAAAGAUGAGCAAAAAAAUCAUUAAGAAAUAAAUAAUACAAAUACUGACCUAUAUUGUAUGCUAUUUUUGUUGUUGAAAAUUAUAUUAAUUGAUACUAAUACAAUUGCUUAGAGAAGGAGAUUUUGUUAAACAAGUAAUUUAAAAAAUCUCAUAAAGAUAGGGAUCAAAGUUAUUGGCACCCCCGUUAUCAAUACUCCAGCAUCCUACCCUUGUGAGGAUAAUGACACUGCC